CAAACUAAUUUUGGUGUUAAAUUUGUAUGACUAGUCGCAGCAGCAGAAUGAGUGGAAACAGCAAUGGAGGACGUCCACCACCACGUAUAGAUGGAAUGAUUUCUUUAAAGGUUGAUAAUUUAACAUAUCGUACCACACCAGAAGAUUUACGACGUGUCUUUGAACGAUGUGGUGAUGUUGGUGACAUUUAUAUACCACGCGAUCGUUAUACUCGUGAAAGCCGGGGCUUCGCCUUUGUUAGAUUCUAUGACAAACGUGAUGCCGAAGAGGCUUUGGAAGCUAUGGACGGUCGCAAAUUAGACGGCAGGGAGUUGCGUGUUCAAAUGGCACGUUAUGGCCGUCCCACAUCACCCAGCAAUAAUAAUCGCCGCAAUGGCGGUCGUCGUGGAGGCGGUGGUGGUGGUGGCGGUCGUCGCCGUUCACGUUCACCAGUGCGACGUCGUUCACGUAGCCCACGUCGUCGUUCAUAUUCACGUUCUCGUUCGCCACAAAGUCGAUCACCCGUCAGACGUAACAAGUUUUCACGCAGUCCGGUGAGACGUUCCCUCAGCCGUAGUGGUAGCCGUAAUGGGUUAUCUGGUGCCGGUUUGGGUGGUAUUGGCGAUCGAGGACGUAGUUUAUCACGUUCACGUAGUAGAUCAACAUAA